AUGUCUGCUCCUUCUUCAUCUCCUCUCACUGCAAUAUGGCGAAAAUGGAAGACACUAGAACUACCAUGGCGGCGACGCUGGCUAGCCGGCACCGACCUCAACGGAAACACCUUCUGGUACUUCAAGCCUAGCCUCGCAUUCACCCGUCCUCGCCGCAUCCUCCAAAACAACCCCAAGAUCGCCUACUCCGACAUCGAAAUCUCCCCAAGUUGGCACCAAUGGCUCCGCGGCACUCGCCCUACUCCCCCUUCACUACCGGAACAGAUACAAGAUGUUCGGCGCCAACGCGAUUUGAAGCAAUUGGCUGCUGCGGCAGAUGCGAGAUGGGCUGCUAAGCCGUCGGUUCUUGAUAAGCCGAGAAGGGGGAAUUUGGAGCUGGGGGUUGGAGACGGAGAGGCGGAGGGGACGGUGGGGAGGAGGUGGGAGGAGGGGCAGAAGACGGGGAGUGGGGAGAGGGUGGAGAAGGAGUUGAGUGAGGGGGAGAAGGGGGAGAGGAGUGGGCAAGUGAAGAAGCAGAAGGAGAAUCCAUGGGCUCGACAGAGAGGGAACCCUGGCGAGGGGUGGCAGCCUGAAGCCUGGGCACCUGGGCCUGUGAAGAGAUAG